CAGGAUAUCAGUGAAGUGUAGUGCGUGACUGGCAUAAAGAUGUAUUGACAGCUGAUCCAAACAUUCCUCCCAAGCAAAUAGGCUCUAACAACGUGAUUAGAAAACCAGAGGCCGACCAACCGGAAGCCGGCAAUUGUACCAACACCGAAGAAAACAAUUCCAGAUAGCUCCACUCGGCAUCUUGCAACUUGCUGGGUGGUGUACCCAAGCUUCCGUUAAUUAGGAGUACCAGACAUCAGGCUCGUCGUGAGUCGUCAAUCAUGGCCCCAAGUGUGGAGAAGGCGCCAUCAGUCCCAUCACUAGGUCGAGCUGUGAAAUCAUGUGUUCGAGUGGUGAAAGGUUUCUACCACGUUUUUCCUAUUCCGCCCGCGCCAACUAAGCCUGGCCUUGUUUGCGAAACGGAUUGUGAUGAGCCAUAGGACGAGGGCAUUCGCAUCCAGGGCUUUCGAAGUCCCAAAUUACCGGCUGGUGGGUGAUUAAAGAAAUGUCAAGUCAUCCGGUCCAAGGUGUGCAUGUUCGCUCAACUACUCAACACCUAAAGAGAAAUAAAGAGGUCGUAACGCAGAUGAACUUGCGUUUUGCUUGCAUCUAAGACCGGAGCAGCAAGUUACAAGACCAGAAGACUAGUAUUACUAUCCGAGUCUGAACUCAUCUGUACGUCAAAAGAAAAACAAGUGGCUUGUUGCCUCCCGUCUCCCAAGAAAGUUGAUUCAUCUCCACCAAUGACUAUGAUAGGGCCGAAGGAGGAUUUAAAAGCGACUCGAUGAAUAGAAAAGUAAUUGAAUUGAACUAUUAAUAGAUUGAGCACCCAAUCACCGUGUACUAAUGUCAUCAAGCCCUCUCAAGCUAUUGGCUGAGUAUGCAGGACUCAUGACUACUGUCACAGACGCUCAAACAUUCAUCUGUGCCGGCAGCAAAGGCGGCACCCAUGAAGAUGAGUAUAUCAUGGUAGAUUUCAAGGCCAAUAGACCUGGCCAUUCUCCAGUCUGUGUGAACCAUGAAAUGCGCACCAUUACUGCCACUAACAAAAGGAGGGGGGGACAGAUCAUGGCACCACUUUAUGAAUUUGGAAGAAUUGACCAAUUAACAUGGACAAAGUCGUAGGGAGGACCUCAGAUGAUCACUCCGAAGUAAUUUCGUGACAUCCCAGUGCUUUCAACUAGAAGGAAAGGAGAGCAUCCGAUACCGCUUGUGCCAUAACAGCAGAAUAAGCGAAUGCAAACAGCAGAAGCACUUGAAGCAUAUAUGCCCCUGAAUCUGUGUCACAGUUGGACUGGGAAAAUCAACAGCCAUGAGGGAUCGAAAUAGAAGCCACCUAAACGAGCACACCCAGGGUAACACGAAAUGAACGCACGCUCGAAUGCGACCCAACGUCGACCCCGGACUUUCUACCCCGCACCAUACUUUCUCGAGCCCAAAGUCUGCAAAGUAUGGAUAGUUUCACAGCCUCGGGUCGAGGGUUGCUUCCGACACGGAACCCCUAUUCGAGAUUCGGCUAAUCACUUCCUCCGAAGAAGCAAGUCUACGUCGAACGACGAGACAGGGCGGAAGAUGUGGGAGUUAUCUGCGGCAGCCUGCCGUGAUACUGGACGUGCCAUUUAGGGGUCGGAGUCACAUUUCUCCCAUUCCGCCAUUGGUGGAUGGCUGAUGGCCUGCCGAGAGAAGCUGCAUGGCUGUGGUGUGCAGGGGCGCCAUGUUGUACUUAUAUGCACGGCGAUAAGGACGCGUGAAGGAGAGGAGGCUAUUUUCGUCUGAUUUCGGAUCGAGGGACUCGAGUCAAGGGAGGGGGAGGUUCUUGCUGGACUUCGAAUAGAAAAUGAGGAUAUAAACCGGUCCAAGUGUACGAAGGACUCGGAUGUCCAGAGCUGACGGCCCCCCGUAAAUACCUUCACUCCUGCUUCGUCCAAAGCUUCUGUCGCCUGGAAGAAUAUAGAGUCACAAUCCGGACCGUUCCGAGGGUCGAUCAGCAGUGUGAUGUGGCUUGGGAAUAGCACAUGUCUGCAUGGGUGGGCGUCCUGAGAGCACAGCAUUUGUUAAAGAAAAGCAGCUUCGGCGCCCGGGAUCUGGGAUGGCUUCGACAGAAUCCGAAUAAUAUAAUAUAAUAAUAAAGGGUGGGAGGGAGGAGUGUUGAGUUCAGGUUCGUGCACGACUCUCUUGGUAUCAUAAAGGGGCUGAGAUGAGGUGAGGAUGAAGAUGGUUGCUGGUGCGAGCUGUGCUUGCACUGGUCCGGCUGGUCUGGUCUGGUCUGGUCUGGUCUGGCUGCUUCUGAUUGUUGUGCUUUGAAGCGGUGAGGACCUGCGACGCUGUUGCCUUUACAUAUAUCCAUCCCAUGUCCCACGUCCCAUGUCCCUCUCCCCCAACUUACACUCUUGUCUUGACUUGGCUCGCCUCCUCUCGUCUUAUCCUGUACAGUACCAUACAUUUCGUCGCGAUCCUUUCGUCCACCAAUCUCCCGUCCGUCUUCCGUGCUUGUGGGGUUUCUUACCCACAAGACAUUCCAUUAAUUCAGCGACCACAAACGUGAACUGGUCUAGCUUCGUAGCCGACAAUUCUCCCGUCAAGUACCGACGCCGGCAACCACCCUAAGUACCAACCAACCUGCCUACACAUCUUCACUUCGAGGUUCUCUACCGUAUCAUCUCCACCUAAACAGCAUCGACUCGAACCCCCCCCCAGCGAAGGGUUCGAGGGCUUCCAGACGCGACCACUUGGCGUCGCAGUGCGCACUAUGGCCACAAUUCUCUGUCUGGCACAUCAUUGCGAGAACCAUGGGCCCACUUGUAUCGUCAGUUGUGAGGGACUUCCUGUUGGAUGCGUAACCUGCUUUGAAGAUGAUAGUAUGAGCACGCGACGACCCAGCAGCUCUCGUUCUCUAAAUCCUGCAGAUGGCCUAGCAGCUAUUACUCGAUCUUCAAAUCGGACCAAUUCGACAUCCUCGGCGGACGUACCGAGUGGUGACUUUGCAGCUCUUCAGAUUUCAGCCAGAACAUCCCCCUCGAUUCCAGCAUCCCCGCCACCAUCUCCUAGGGUUGUCGCAUUACAAGGCGCACAUGGUGGCAGCAAUAGACGAGAUUCGAGCUUCCGAAAGACGUAUGACGAGAAUGACAAGAAGAGAGCUAUACCUUGUGAGAACUGUGCCCUUACUCUACCGAGGCAGACAAAGGAAGGAAACACGAUUGGCACCAAUGGUCCAAUAUUACGGACGCGGAAACCGUACGAACGAAUCAAUGCCCCUUCUCCACCUAAGACCGACUCCUCCAACUCGUCUAACUCUUCAGAUUCCGAGAAUGCGAUUUCGAGUAAGCCCUCUCAUCGACGAACGCAUUCCAGAACACUGGUCAGAAUCGGCACGUCCUCCAGCAAUUCUUCCUCCUUCUCCAGAAACUCGCACGUUCACUAUCUGGACUACACUUCGACUCAUGAACCUCUAUCACCAAAUUCUUUCUCCAUGGUCCGGCAGGCCUGUCUACGAACGCUGUCCUGCGAAACUCUGCCCCCAUCUUCGACGCCGAAUACCUCCUCACCUACCUCACCUUUCAUAAAUAGCCCAUUCUCCUCCGGCCCAUCCUCCGCGAUCUCAACAUCCGGCGGACCGAUAUUUUUUGGCGACCCUCAAGCUGGAUAUACCACCGCGUAUAUUUUCCGAAUACCUGACCCCAAUGCGCGAGGCCGUCGCCGAGUCUACGCCCUAAUGGCGCUCAGUACACACCGCGAGCGCGCCGCCAUGCAAAGCUUCUCUUUCCUCUCAGAUGCUUUCCGUAGAAUCGCUGCUUGGAUCCAAGGUCUUGCCGAAACCGAACUCGAGCGCUCCGAAUCUGUCAAUAGCCCAAGAUACAGUAACAGCGAUGAAAGAACUGGAAACAGUAAUAACAAUACGCCAACUUCUGCCUUCUUGAGUGGUAAGAAUAGAGGCCCUGAUGGCAAGUAUGCUGGUAUGAGUCUAAAAGCUAGAGGAUUGGCUGAAUUGGUUGGAAUGCCGGAUUUCUUCUUCGAGCUGCAUAAGCUGUUCGUACAGGUGCUGGCAGAGAUGAGCGCCACACUUGGCCUUUGA